GAGAGGGAGAAGGAGAAAGAAAGACUCGCCUUACGUGCGUCAGCGCGAUGACGUAGGACGUCCGGCCUGGCUGUCCGCCAUCUUGCCCGUCUCUAGUUCUCUCGCUCUCCUUUACUGGAAGCGGCGGCCGCGCUGGGUCGGUUUGUCUGAGGGCGGCCUCUGGUUUCCUGGUUCAGUGGCUCGCCACCCACCUCCCCCCCCUUCCCCUCAACCGUUCCCUAGACCCUUUUCCCUCCCGGACUGGAGCCGGGCGGAGACUCCUUUGCGGGCGCGGGUGCGACACUUAGACACACACGCACACACACGCACACACCCCGCGUUCCCCACCCACCCACACCGGCCGAUUGGUUUUAAGGGGUGAGGCAAGAGGUUCUGGACUCGAUGAGUUUCCACCGAAAUGUCGGAGAAGUCAGGCCAGAGCACAAAAGCAAAGGAUGGGAAAACAAAGUAUACAACACUCAGUCUAUUUAAUACUUACAAGGGAAAAUCACUAGAAACUCAGAAGACUACAGUUGCUGCCCGUCAUGGAUUGCAGAGUCUGGGAAAAGUUGCUAUUUCUCGGCGUAUGCCCCCACCUGCCAACCUCCCCAGUCUCAAGGCAGAGAACAAAGGCAAUGAUCCCAAUGUGAACAUUGUUCCUAAAGACGGUACAGGGUGGGCAUCUAAACAGGAACAACAUGAAGAAGAAAAACCACCAGAAGUAGCACCAGCACAGCCAAAAUCAGGAGUUACUGCUCCCCCUGAAGUUCCUCCAGUUGCCAAAUCAUGGGCCAGUAACAAGCAAGGUGGGCAAGGAGAUGGUGUUCAAGUAAAUAGUCAUUUCCAGCAAGAGUUUCCUAGUCUGCAAGCAGCUGGCGAUCAGGAAAAAAAAGAAAAGGAUGCAAAUGAUGAUGCCUAUGGACCUGGACCCAGCUUGCGACCACCAAAUGUUGCUAGUUGGAGAGAAGGUGGUAAAUCUGCUGGCCCAUCUUCUCCAUCUGAUCAAGAAGAUAAGCUCCCUGGUCAAGAUGAUGGUGCAAAUGGACCAGUAGAGCAAAACGAUUCUCAUAAAACAACAGAAAAGAGGUUACCUGGUGUUCCGCCUCAGAUACCUCAGCCUAAACUGAAUGGACAACAGCAGCCUGCUCUUGCCUCUCAGUACAGAGCAAUGAUGCCCCCUUAUAUGUUUCAGCAGUAUCCUAGGAUGGCAUAUCCUCCAUUACAUGGCCCCAUCAGAUUCCCACCUUCCUUAUCAGAAGCUAACAAAGGUCUUAGAGGAAGAGGUCCACCCCCAACUUGGGCCCCCGAACCUGAACGUCCCUCUAUUCUUAGUGCAACAGAACUCAAGGAGCUUGAUAAAUUUGAUAACCUAGAUGCAGAAGCUGAUGAGGGCUGGGCAGGAGCACAGAUGGAAGUAGAUUAUACAGAACAACUCAAUUUUAGUGAUGAUGAUGAACAAGGUGGUAGUCAGAAAGACAGCAAAGAUAAUUGUGAAGAAGAAGCGCCAAAGACUUCUGAAAGUGCUGAAAACCGAAAAGAUGAUGAUGAAGGUUCUAGCAGCAAACCUCAGUUGCAUCCACAGUCAGGAGUAUCAAAGGGUCCCUAUGGAAAAGGACCUCCUUUUAAUCAGGAACGCGGACCUCCCCCUGUGCAGUCCUUAGUGCAUGAGAAGAACAGUUCUGCCCACUUGCCACUUCAGCCAAAGUCACUUGCUCAGCAGCAUCCACCUCCUGAUCGACAGGCAGGACCUGGAAGAUCAGGUCCUUUUCCUCCCAAACAAAUUCCUGAUGAAGAUGAAGCUUGGAAGCAGCGCCGAAGGCAGCCAUCAGAACUUUCUGCAGCGGUAGAACGUGCUCGAAAGAGGCGUGAAGAGGAAGAAAGGAGGAUGGAAGAGCAGAGAAAAGCUGCAUGUGCAGAAAAGCUGAAACAGUUAAAUGAGAAAUAUGGCAUUGUAGAAAAGCAGCCAUCUCCUGAAGAAAUUAGAGAACGGGAGCGUGAAAAGGAAAGGGAAAGAGAAAGAGAGAAGGAAAGGGAAAGAGAAAGAAUAAGGGAGCGAGAGCGAGAGAGGGAAAAGGAGAGAGAGCGAGAAAGGGAAAAGGAGAGAGAACUGGAGCGAGAACGAGAAAAGGAAAGAGAACUAGAGCGAGAACGGGAAAAGGAGAGAGAGCUGGAGAGGGAGCGAGAACGGGAAAGAGAGCAAGAAAAAGAACGGGAACUAGAACGGCAACGAGAAGCAGAAAAAGAACUGGAAAGAGAGAGAGAGAGAGAGAAAGAGCGUGAAAAAGAACAGCAGAAGGAAAAAGAGAGAGAGAAAGAGGAAAAAUUGGAACGGGAAGAGCCUACAUUACCACCUGUGUUAGACAAACAAGAAAGUGAAAGCUGUAAUAAAGAAAAAAUAGAGGAACAGCCAGUUUUCACUAGACAAGACAGCAACCGUAGUGAAAAAGAAACCCCACAGGUGGCUCAUGAAAUAGAACUAGAUUCAGGGUCUCAGCCACGACCUGCUGUUUCUUCAGGCUAUUCCAAACAAUUUCAAAAGUCACUGCCACCACGGUUCCAAAGACAACAGGAACAAAUGAAACAACAGCAGUGGCAGCAGCAGCAACAAGGUGUCCUUGCACAGUCUGCUCCUUCUCAACCUUCCAGUGGUGCUGUCCCUCCUCCUCCACAUAGAACUCUUUACCAGCCCAUGCAACCUCACCCUCAGCAUUUAGCUUCCAUGGGUUUUGAUCCACGCUGGCUUAUGGUACAAUCUUACAUGGAUCCCCGAAUGAUGUCAGGAAGGCCUGCUAUGGAUAUUCCCCCUAUGCAUCCUGGAAUGAUUCCUCCUAAACCCUUAAUGAGAAGAGACCAAAUAGAAGGUUCUUCAACUAGUUCUGAAUCAUUUGAUCAUAUUGCUCGAUCAGCAAGAGAUCAUGCUGUUUCCCUCACUGAACCUCGUAUGAUGUGGGGGUCAGAUCCCUAUCCCCAAGUAGAACCUCAGCAAGCAAGUUCUCCCCCCAAGUUGGCUGAAGAACCCAAGGACCUAAGGCCUGAAGCCCCAUUGGAACAAGAACUAGUGGUUGCUUCCUACCCAGCUGAGCACAGUCAGUUGGACACUCAUCCCAAAGCAGAAUUUUUCAGAGAUACUGGGGAGGCAGAAGCGCAGAAAUUCCCUAACAAGUCUUUGGAAGAUACAAGGCCUCCUUCCACUGACACAAAUAGCCAGGCCACUUGUUUUGAACUAGCUGAUCAGCAUGUUGUUCCAACCCCUCAGGAUGAACAGAGUGCAGUUGGAGAGAGUCAGCCUGUCAGGAAACGCAGUGUGUCCCAUGGACCCGGCCAUUCUCAAAAACCAGAGGAGCCGAGGAAUGAGGCGCCUGCAAACAUUCCUAAAACAACUAACAGGUGCACUGAUACAAAAGAACCCUCAGAGCGGCUCGAAGAUAAACCAAAAAAGGAAGGUUUUAUAAGGCCUUCUGAAGGACCAAAACUUGAGAAGUUGUACAAAUCUAAGUCAGAAACGCGAUGGGGUCCAAGGCCUGGCUCUAGUAGAAGGGAUGAAGGUGGUGACAGGCCAGUGAGAAGAUCAGGACCUAUUAAAAAACCGAUACUCCGAGAUAUGAAAGAAGAGCGGGAACAAAGAAAGGAGAAAGAGGGUGAAAAGGUAGAAAAACCAAUGGAGAAAGUUGUAAAACCUGAAAAGCCUGAAAAGAAGGAUCCUCCUCCACCCCCUACAGCUCAGGUUCAACCACAACCACUUCCACCACCUCCCCAACCAGAGCCAGAGAAGCCUCCUGCUGAGACUUCAUCUUUGGCUAAGAAGCUGUCCCAAGAUACCAUGAAGCCAUCAGAAGCUGUAGAUAAUGUUCACAUAGAACCUGCCAUUAAAACUUCAAAUCAACAGACUGCUCCCCUUCAUGUAACCAAGGAAGAAAAACAACCUGAAAGAGUUAUUGGCAAAGAACAGGGAGUAGAAAGACCACGAAUAGAUUCAAGGCCAAUUAAAAAAGAACCAACAUUAACCCCUCGGACAUACUGGAAGGAGGCUAGAGAUAGAGAUUGGUUCCCAGAUCAAGGCUAUAGAGGUCGAGGACGUGGGGAAUAUUACUCCAGGGGUCGAAGCUACAGAGGUUCUUAUGGUGGACGUGGUCGAGGGGGCCGAGGACAUAGUAGAGAUUAUCCUCACUAUAGAGAGACAAAGCCAAGAAUAGAGCAUGUACCCUCUGGGUCUCUGAGGCAGCGAGAAGAAAGUGAAACUCGAAGUGAGAGCUCUGAUUUUGAAAUAGUGCCCAAACGCAGAAGGCAACGGGGUUCAGAAACUGACUCUGAUAGUGAAGUUCACGAAAGUGCGAGUGACACUCAUCCCUCAGACAAAGACAGUUUAAGCAAAGGCAAGCAUCCAAAAAGGGAGGAACGCCCUGAAAACAAAAAACCUUUGAAGCCUCUGCUUUCUUUCAAACCUGAAAAUAAUGUCCGAGUAGAUAACAACAACAGACCCUUGGAAAAAUUGUAUGUAAGGGAUGAUGAGAAUAAGACCAAACCUGGCUUCCUUCCUAAAGGAGAACCUACUAGAAGAGGCAGGGGGGGAAUGUUCAGGCGUGGUGGAAGGGAUCCUGGAGGCCGUCCACCACGUCCUUCCACAUUACGAAGGCCAGCAUAUCGUGACAAUCAGUGGAAUCCAAGGCAAGCAGAAGCCCCCAAACCAGAUGAUGGAGAGCCACCAAGAAGGCAUGAGCAGUUUAUACCUAUACCAGCAGACAAAAGACCCCCAAAGUUUGAACGGAAAUUUGAUCCAACCAGAGAGAGGCCUCGAAGGCAAAGGCCUGCACGACCACCAAGGCAAGAUAAACCUCCUCGAUUUAGACGGCUAAAGGAAAGGGAAGCUGCUUCAAAAAUCAAUGAUGCAGCAGCUACUUCUGUCACAAAUGGCACAAUUAAUAAUGUGGUUCAGGAACCAGUUAGUGCUACUGGGGAUAUUUCUGGGAAUAAGACACCAGAUUUAUCCAAUCAGAACUCUUCAGAUCAAGCAAAUGAAGAAUGGGAAACAGCUUCUGAAAGUAGUGAUUUCAAUGAGAGACGUGAGCGGGAUGAAAAGAAAACAGCUGAUUUGAGUGCACAGGCAGCUACAAAGGCUGGAGAGAACACAUUGCCUCCAAAAAGAGAAAUAGCAAAAAGAAGCUUUUCCAGUCAACGACCUGGAAUAGAUCGUCAGAACAGGCGAGGCAACAGUGGUCCACCUAAGUCAGGAAGGAAUUUCUCUGGUCCUAGGAAUGAAAGAAGAAGUGGUCCUUCAUCAAAAAGUGGGAAAAGAGGUCCAUUUGAAGACCAGUCUAUAGGCAUAGCUGGUAUUGAUCCUGCCAAUGGCAGUUCAGUGCAUCAUCAGGAUGGAGGUCCAAAUGGCACUGGGCAAAAGAACUCCAAAGAUGCCAGUGGGAAAAAAAGAGAAGAACCUAAACCAGGUCCAAAGAAACCCAAAGAGAAAGUAGAUGCCCUGUCCCAGUUUGACCUCAACAACUAUGCAAGCGUUGUAAUAAUUGAUGACCAUCCUGAAGUGACUGUGGUUGAAGACCCCCAGUCAAAUUUAAAUGAUGAUGGUUUCACUGAAGUGGUUUCAAAAAAACAACAAAAACGCUUACAGGAUGAAGAACGUAGAAAGAAGGAAGAACAAACUAUACAGGUGUGGAACAAAAAGUCUUCAAAUGAAAAGGGAAGAAAUCAGAAUUCUAAGCUUCCUCCAAGAUUUGCUAAAAAACAGCAACAGGUUACAGUAGUCCAACAACCACAGACUGCAACUCCACCUCCAGUGCAGGGUCUGGCACAGGCUCAAGUCCCUGUUCAGGUUCAGCCACCAGCAACAACACAGACUCCUAACCAGUCACCACCAUCAGUCCAGCCUCAAGUCCAAGCAACCAGUGCAACCAAUGGCACAGAGUAUGUAGCAACAGGAAAGUCUCUUCAGCAUGCACAGUCUCAUGGGCCCCUAGGGGCAGAGUUAUGGGAGAACAAAGUAGCCCCUACAGCCGUUCUCAGUGAUAUUUCUAAGAAAUUGGGACCCAUUAGUCCACCACAGCCACCUUCAGUCAGUGCAUGGAAUAAGCCUUUAACAUCUUUUGGGUCAACUACAUCACCAGAGGGAUCAAAGAAUGGCCAAGAAAGUGGUGUUGAAAUUGGAAUUGAAACCAUUCAGUUUGGUGCCCCAGCUUCAAAUGGCAAUGAAAAUGAAGUUGUUCCAGUACUAACUGAAAAGCCCCCUGACAAAUUACCUGAACCCAAAGAACAACGGCAAAAGCAGCCUCGGGCAGGGCCAAUCAAAGCCCAGAAGCUUCCAGAUUUGAGUCCAGUAGAGAACAAAGAACACAAACCUGGUCCCAUUGGAAAAGAACGUUCUUUAAAAAAUAGAAAAGUGAAGGAUGUUCAACAGACAGAACCGGAAGGACAGGAAAAAUCCAACCCACCUUCAGUCAGAAACUCUGAUGCUGUUACCACAAAGGAAACCAAAACAGUUACAGAAAUGAGUUCUGAAAUAGGCACAAUGAUCUCUGUUUCUGCCCCAGAAUUUGGUGCUAAUACAAAGGAGUCUGUAACAGACUACACUACACCUUCUUCUUCUCUGCCUAACACUGUGGCUACUAGCAAUACCAAGAUGGAAGAGACAUUGGUUACUAAUGUGCCCCUGCCCAACACCCUUCCCCUCCCUAAGAGGGAGACUUUACAACAGAGCUCCAGCCUAAGUCCAGCUCCUCCCACUACUUUCAACCUCACCUUUAAGAUGGAGUCUGCACGCAAAGCGUGGGAAAACUCACCAAAUGUGAGAGAAAAGGGGUCUCCAGCAUCUUCCACAGCAGCUCCUAUUGCAAGUGGAGGUAGCAGCAAUGCCAGUGUACCAAGCACUGGUAAUUACAGCUCCUUCUCAAGUGCAUCAAUGCCUCCUAUUCCUGUGGCAUCUGUCACUCCUACAACUUCAUUAUCAGGAGCUGGUACAUACACUACCUCUUCUUUGAGUACUAAAUCUACAACCACCUCAGACCCUCCCAACAUCUGCAAGGUGAAGCCUCAACAGCUACAGACCAGCAGCCUGCCUUCUGCUAGUCAUUUCUCUCAGCUGAGCUGCAUGCCUUCCCUUAUUGCCCAGCAGCAGCAGAGCCCACAAGUCUAUGUUUCGCAGUCUGCAGCAGCACAGAUCCCAGCUUUUUAUAUGGACACAAGUCACUUAUUCAACACCCAGCAUGCGCGCUUGGCUCCAGCAUCCUUGGCUCAGCAACAGGGAUUUCAACCAGGACUUUCUCAGCCCACUUCAGUUCAACAGAUUCCAAUUCCUAUCUAUGCACCUCUGCAAGGACAACAUCAAGCCCAGUUGAGUUUGGGGGCAGGACCUGCUGUUUCACAAGCUCAGGAAUUAUUUAAUUCUCCCCUGCAACCAUAUAGGUCUCAGCAAGCUUUUAUGCAAAGCAGUCUGUCCCAACCAUCACCAGUGGUUCUUUCUGGCACAACCUUACACAAUUUUCCAGCAGUACAACACCAGGACCUUGCCAAGGCCCAAUCAGGCAUUGCCUUUCAACAAACUUCUAAUGCUCAGCCCAUUCCUAUAUUGUAUGAGCAUCAGCUAGGCCAAGCAUCAGGGAUAGGAGGUUCCCAAUUGAUUGACACACAUCUGCUUCAGGCUAGAGCAAGUCUCACCCAGGCCUCCAAUCUUUAUUCUGGCCAAGUACAACAGCCUGGCCAGAGCAGUUUCUAUAAUACUGCUCAGUCGCCCAGUGCUCUCCAGCAGGUAAACUAUGGCAUGGUAACUGUACCUUUGCCAGCUUCACAGCUUUCCUUGCCUAACUUUGGAUCUACUGGACAACCUCUAAUUGCUUUACCCCAGACAUUGCAGCCCCCAUUACAGCACACACCACCACAGGCUCAAGCCCAAGGCCUGAGUAGACCCACACAAGUAAACCAGCCUUUCAGAGGAUUGAUUCCUGCAGGAACUCAGCACAGCAUGAUUGCAGCCACUGGAAAGAUGUCAGACAUGGAUUUGAAAGCUUUUGGAAGUGGUAUUGAUGUAAAACCAGGUACUCCUCCAAUUGGUGGUAGAAGCACCACACCAACAUCCAGUCCUUUCCGGGCCAGUUCCACAAGUCCCAACAGCCAGUCCAGCAAAAUGAACAGUAUCGUCUACCAGAAGCAGUUCCAGUCCGCAGCUGCAACUGUGAGAAUGACACAACCAUUCCCCACACAGUUCGCACCCCAGGCAAAGCAAAGAGCAGAGGUUCUUCAGUCCACGCAACGGUUCUUCUCCGAACAACAGCAGAGCAAACAGAUAGGAAGCAAGGCACAGAAAGUGGACAGUGAUGCAAACAAAACUCCUGAAACUCUGACUGACCCCCCUGGAGUUUGUCAGGACAGAGUAGAGGACAAGCCUCCCCCUACACCCACCACAGCAGCCAAACCUGUUAGAACCGGACCAAUCAAACCCCAGGCGAUCAAAACAGAAGAAACCAAAUCCUAAAGGCUGUGGUUUAUA